AUGAAGGAACAGAUCAGGUUACAACUAGGUACAGUACCUGAACUUCAGCAAGGCAGUUCUGCAUUUACUGAUGUGGAGAGGUCGACUAUGUGUCCCACAAGUCUUUCUGGCGCAAGUACAGAGAGUGACAGCACUGGUUUGAUUACAGUAUUGCUUUUGGUAGAAGCAAUUAGAUGUGUUCUACGGGAUGACUUCCGACAAAAUCCAUCAGAUGUAAUGGUGGCCGUGGGUGAACCCGCAGUGAUGGAAUGUCAGCCCCCAAGAGGUCACCCAGAACCCACUAUAUCAUGGAAAAAAGAUGGGACCCCUCUAGAUGACAAAGAUGAAAGAAUUACAAUCAGAGGAGGAAAGCUCAUGAUCACAUACACAAGAAAGAAUGAUGCUGGCAAAUACGUUUGUGUUGGAACAAAUAUGGUUGGAGAACGUGAAAGUGAAGUUGCAGAGCUCACUGUUUUAGAGAGACCAUCUUUUGUGAAGAGACCAAGUAAUUUGGCUGUGACUGUGGAUGAUAGUGCAGAGUUUAAGUGUGAGGCAAGAGGUGACCCAGUUCCUACAGUAAGAUGGAGGAAAGAUGAUGGGGAAUUACCAAAAGCAAGAUAUGAAAUCCGUGAUGAUCAUACCUUGAAAAUCCGGAAAGUUAUGGCAGGAGACAUGGGCUCGUAUACUUGUGUUGCAGAAAAUAUGGUUGGAAAAGCUGAAGCAUCAGCAACUCUAACAGUUCAAGAGCCUCCACAGUUUGUGGUAAAGCCUCGAGAUCAGGUAGCUGCACUGGGGAGAACGGUGACUUUCCAGUGUGAAGCAACUGGAAACCCUCAGCCAGCCAUCUUUUGGCGGAGAGAGGGGAGUCAGAAUCUGCUUUUCUCAUACCAGCCUCCUCAGUCAUCCAGCCGAUUUUCAGUUUCCCAGACAGGUGACCUCACUAUCACCAAUGUCCAGAGAUCUGAUGUUGGGUACUAUAUCUGCCAGACUUUAAAUGUUGCGGGAAGUAUCAUAACAAAAGCCUACUUGGAAGUUACUGAUGUGAUUGCAGACCGGCCUCCCCCUGUCAUUCGACAGGGUCCUGUGAAUCAGACUGUAGCUGUAGAUGGUACUUUAGUACUGAACUGCGUGGCCACAGGCUCUUUAAUGCCCACUAUCCUCUGGAAAAAGGAUGGGAUCCUCAUUUCUACACAGGACUCUCGCAUCAAGCAGUUGGAGACAGGAGCAUUACAGAUCCGAUAUGCCAAGCUGGGCGACACUGGUCGGUACACCUGCAUUGCUUCAACCCCAAGUGGUGAAGCUACAUGGAGUGCAUACAUAGAGGUCCAAGAGUUUGGAGUCCCAGUGCAGCCACCAAGACCCACUGACCCAAACUUGAUUCCUAGUGCUCCAUCAAAACCCGAGGUUACAGAUGUCAGCAGAAAUACAGUAACAUUGUCAUGGCAACCUAAUCUGAAUUCAGGGGCAACACCAACCUCUUACAUAAUUGAGGCCUUCAGCCAUGCAUCAGGUAGCAGCUGGCAAACUGUAGCUGAAAAUGUGAAAACAGAGAGUUUUGCAGUUAAAGGGCUAAAACCUAAUGCAAUUUAUCUAUUCCUUGUGAGGGCAGCUAAUGCAUAUGGACUAAGUGACCCAAGCCAAAUAUCUGAUCCAGUGAAAACUCAAG